GAUGGAAAUAUACUUGGUGGAUAGGAAAAGAAAGUACUAUACUAAAAAGGAGGUGUCAGAAAUCGAAAUCCAAUUUGUUGACACAGCGAUUCUGGUGCCAAUUUAAUUAAUAAAAGUAUACGUUCUUACUGCGUCAUAGUGUAAAUAAAAAAGUGUUAAAUAAUAACCAGACAAUAACGUCGCCUUUGCGCUUUGCAAGCAUCAGCGAAAAGAUGCCAACGAAUAACACCAGUUCCAAUUUCAAGACUUUCAAAGUGGUGCUACUAGGCGAAGGUUGUGUUGGCAAAACCUCUAUUGUUUUACGUUAUGUUGAAGAUAAAUUUAAUCCACAACACAUAAGCACCUUGCAAGCUUCAUUUCUAACAAAGAAACUAACGCUAGAGGAUGGCAGCCGCGCACAUCUUAACAUCUGGGAUACGGCUGGUCAGGAACGUUUUCAUGCGCUCGGACCUAUCUAUUAUCGUGGAUCACAUGGUGCCAUACUUGUCUAUGAUAUUACCGAUGAAGAUUCCUUUCAAAAGGUAAAAAACUGGGUGAAAGAACUGAAACGUAUGCUGGGUGCUGAAAUCGUUAUAACAAUUGUGGGCAACAAAACGGAUUUAGAUGCACAGCGCACAGUGCCACAAGAUGUGGCAUUGGAGUACACCGAAAGUGUGGGUGCACACUAUUUCGAGACAUCUGCCAAAGCCAAUGAAGGCAUCGAGGAGCUGUUCACUACGCUUACACAAUUAAUGAUGCAGCGUCAUGCUCAGCGCGAACAAGAGAAUAGUUCGUUGCGUCUGAUGCAGGGUGGACGUACGUCACAGCGUUUAAUUGUUGAGGAUGACUCACAGGAUGGUGAUGAAGAUAGCGGACAAACGUCUACAACGAAUCGGUCAUGUUGUGGUGCUGGCUAAAAUAGUGGGAGGUUUAUUUAAUUAAAUUCAGCACACCCAAACUGCAAGGAAGGUACUUGUUAAAGAGGACGGGUGGCAAUAGUAGCGUAAUUAUGUUAAUGAGUAUGUGUAAAUGCAAAUGAUGAGAAAAUGGAGAAAAAACAAAUAAAUACUACGACGACGUAGACAACGCCAACGCCGCUGCAGCCGCCGCUAGAUUAAAUUGUGAUAAACUUAUUGUAAAAUAUAAAUUAAUUAAUUAAUUUUUUUUUCGUCAUAAAAAACGCUCUUAAAAUGUAUGCUUAUCUAAACAUGUAAUUCCAUACACACUCUUCUAUUCUACUGUCGAACAAAAACUAAAAGUUUAUUUUUUUUACUUCUACUAAAUGCUAUAACUGAGCUAAUAGCUAACUACACGCUGAUUUCGAUAUAUUUAAAGUUUGUUAUUUUUUUAAAUAUGCAUUUUGUUAUUAUAUUGUAUAAUACAAUUAAAGUUCUCUGCUUCAAAUGGCAGCAAAGAAAUUCCAAAAGACUUGAAACAAUGGAUAUUUUUAUUUAUCAUAAAAAAGGCAUACACUUUUCGCUAAAAAGUAUGGCAUUAAAUAUGAAUCAUGCUACGCUUUUGAAUUAAGAAACGAAUCUCUACGCUUAUCUAAUUCUUAUCAGUGUCGUAAAUAUGUGUUUGUGCUGUGUAUAUGCGAGAUGUUUGCAACCUGCACAACAACAAGCGUUCGAGUGCUUGAAAUAUCGAGUUGGGUUUUUCAAGUAUAUAUAUAUAUUUUAUAGAUAUAAAUAAGUCGACGGGUUUUCUUUAUUUGCACUCACUUGGAGUUGUAUGUUGAGUACUCUUUGUGUUUGAAAAUAAAUACGUGGGAUAAUACUUACUUUUCUCGAAGCGUACAAAUUGCUUAUGUUGCAUUAUUUCACUUUUAUGUAAGCAUUUGAUGUGUUAUGAAUAAAACACAUAUAUUUUGCAGAGUCUACAAAAAUAUCGUAUAUUUGUAUAAUCAAAUUUCAUUAUCAAAUUGUUACUGUCUUCACCCUCAAACAGUAUUCACUUAUUAAAUAUUAUAAAAAUAUGCAAAUUCUUUUCUUUUUUCUAACAGCUACACUUAUCAUUAUGAAAAAAUAUAUAUGUAUGUAUGUAUAUUUAAUUCAACUUUUAUGUUAAAUAUAAAAAUUGAAAGACUCAAAAGCGAACAUUUGAAUAAAGUUAAGAUAUACUAAAUUUCAAAAACUUAACACUAAAUAUAUAAUUCUCAUUUAUACAUUAAAGAAAUGCAUAAUUUUAUAUUAUAUAUACCAGAUCAUAAACUAAUUUACACAUAUUUUAGCAACUUUAUGUUGGCGAAAUGCUGCUUCAUUUUUCAUAUUUCGAGUUGUGAUCAUUGAUUUUUUGUUAUUGUUGUUAUUAGCUUGCUUUUCUCUCGUGAUUUGUCUCUACUUUGUUAUAGCUUUUUAAUUGGAAUUUUAGAAAAAUGUCUACUUAAUCACAGAA